CCUCCUGAACUCGAGGACUUUGGCUUCUUCCAGACGACUCCCAACUCUCCGGCCAGCAGCACAUCCGACCGGUUCCGUCCUCCAUCAUGUCUCUGCUCACCCACCUGCUGUCCUGCCUCUUUGGUUUGGGCUCCUGGGUCUCCAUCAACGGCCUCUGGGUGGAGCUGCCCCUCCUCGUCCCUCAGAUCCCCGAGGGCUGGUACCUGCCCUCCUACCUGUCGGUGCUGAUCCAGAUGGCCAACGUCGGGCCGCUCUUCGUCACCCUGAUGCACCGCUUCCGACCGGGCGUCCUCAACGAGGUGGCCGUCGUCUACGCCGUCAUCGCCGUGGGAACCGUCGCCAGCUUCCUGCUGGGCUUCUUCUGGAAGGAGACGGUGGUGGUGGGCGGCGCCCGGCGCAGCGUGGCCCUGCUGGUUCUGACCUUCUUCCUGGCCACCGUGGACUGCACCUCCUCCGUCACCUUCCUGCCCUUCAUGAUGCGCCUGCAGCCCCGCUACCUCACCUCCUACUUCGUGGGGGAGGGCGUGAGCGGCCUGCUGCCCGCCGUGGUGGCGCUGAUCCAGGGCGUCGGCGUGGUCCGCUGCAUCAACGGCACGCAGCUCCUGAACCGGACCUCCAAUGCCACGACCUUUGACCUGCAGGCCCAGUACCAGCCUGCAAACUUCUCGGCCGAGGAGUUCUUCUUCUUCCUCAGCGCCAUGAUGCUGGUGUGUCUGCUCGCCUUCCUGCUGCUCAACCACCACCCGUCCGUGGCCCGCCAGAACCCGAGCAGGAGCUACACCAACGGGGUGAAGCAGGAGGCCCAGCGGGGCAGGAAGUGGGCCGAGCAGAAGCCCAUGAUGGAGCCGUGUGGCCAGAGGAAGCCCAGGAGCAGCUUCGGCAGCGGCUCCUACAGCUGGCUGCAGGUGUCCUACAUCCUGGGGCUGCUGGCCUGGGCCAACGCUCUGACCAACGUGGUGCUGCCCUCGGUCCAGUCCUACUCCUGCCUGCCCUACGGGAACAACGCCUACCAUCUGUCUGCGUCUCUGGCUGCCGUGUCCAACCCUCUGGCCUGCUUCAUCGCCAUGUUCCUGCCCAACAG